AUGAACUCAUGUGUCUUUUGCUUCUUACUUGUCGUUACAAGUCUCUAUCUUGGGCGUGACCACCUCACUUGGCGCUCUGGUUCUUAUACUCCUGUACAGAAAGGGGAGGUUGAGAAUGGCCCCAGUCUAAUAUCAACGACAACAGUCACGACUCAAGGGUCGAAAACUGAAGAGAUUACUGCCCAUACACCAACACCAACACCAACUGCAACCUCAGCUUCAACUCCAACAAUCUCAAACGGUACUAUACUGUCUGCUGAGCGUAUAUCACCCUACAUAGCAGCUAUACUGGACCCAUUGUCUACGGCCCUUCCUCGUCUUGAGUGUCCUGCUCUGAACGAAAAUCGCUACAAGAUCCUCCAAGAGUCUCGACGUGGGGACAAAGUUCAAGACUCACAAGUUGAUUAUUUCUUUGCCCUCAACUUGCGGAACUGCAUAGGCAUCCUCCCGCGCCUGAUAGGCAGCAUUGUCGAAGCUGUUCGCUUCCUUGGACCCCAUCGCUGCGCGUUAUCUAUCGUUGAGGGAAACUCCCCUGACGGCACAUCCGAUGUCCUGUCCGCUCUGAAGCCCUUUUUGGAAGACUUAGGAAUUGUCUAUUUCUACAACAGUUCCAGGGUCAACCCAGCGCAGGGAAAUGCACGUAUCCAUAAGCUCGCCCAACUACGUAACUUGGCUCUCACUCCUCUUUACAAAGAACAAGUCAGUAUCACAGACGAAACAACAGUGCUUUUAAUCAACGACGUCUCUGCUUGCACAGAAGAUAUUCUCGAGCUCGCUCUUCAGCGACGCAGUCUCAACGCAGACAUGACAUGCGCCAUGGACUGGACCUACGUAGGGCCUGAUCCAACCUUUUACGAUAUCUGGAUAGCCCGUACCAUAGCAGGAGACUCCUUUUUCGAGGUCGGCUCGGACGGAAAUUGGAAUUCAGCUUGGAACCUCUUCUGGAACGCCCCUGAUACACGCUCACGCUAUGAUGCACAACAGCCCUUUCAGGUGUUUGCCUGCUGGAACGGGGCUACAGCGUUUACUGCGGCGCCGUUAUUACAUGGUCUUCGGUUUCGAGAUACUCGCAAAGGAGAAUGUUUCCAAGGCGAGCCUCAGUUGUUUUGUAAGGAUAUGUGGUCCCGGGGUUUUCGCAAGAUUGCAGUUGUGCCGAGUGUGAAUCUAGAGUAUUCUGAUGAGAAGGCCGCUGACAUCAAGAAGCUGAAGGGCUAUGUGUCGGAUAUAAUUGAAAGACAGGAGGAAAAUGGGGCAAUAAAUUGGGUAUACGAUCCACCAGAGCAGGUUAGGUGCAUGCCCACUUGGGAAAAGCAGUCUUGGAGAGCCUGGAACGAGACACUGUAA